AUGCGUUCGCAGCAUCUUCUUUACAGUCUGGCUGCCAGUGCUUCGCUGUUUGGCACUGGAGAUGCCAAGAAGCGAUGCCGGCCCAAGACAUCAUCCAGUCUCUCGGCAUCGACGACGGACACUCCCGUGAUCUCAUCGACGACCCCAACGCCUGUGGCUUCUCCUAGCACUACCCCAGGUUUCUCGUCGAGCGAGUCCCUCACCGUGAUCAUCUCCUCGACGAGCAGCACGCCCGAGCCUACCAUCAUCACUCCCAGCUCCACUCCAUCGUCGAGCACCACUCCCAGCAGCACUUCUACAGAGGCUGCGAGCUCGACACCAUCCUCAAGCACUUCGAUCGAAACCCCCUCGAGUACCCCUAGCAGCACUUCCACAGCUGCUUCCACCUCAGCCGCCUCUUCCAGCGUUUCGACUGAUACCCCAAGCGCAACUCCCUCCAGCACUUCAUCCGAGGUCCAAAUAUCAUCUACACCCACGAGCGAUCUACCUGCUUCGACAACAAGUUCAUUGCCUCCUGCCCUGGCCACAUUCAGCCUCCGCAGUGCCAACAGUGACCUCACGGCCGCCAACGACCAGACACUCAAGACCCGCCCCAAUUACAAUGGCAGUGGCUUCCUCGCCUAUCUCACCACCUCUGCAUCGCUGGCGAGCUAUUACAGCGAAAACCCGCUCACACUCGAACCGGUCACGAAUCGCCUCAUGAUCGACGGCGCCGUCGGCCAGUACGCAUGGACGCAGACCUCCACGAAUGGCGUCUACUUCGGCUACGCAAGCAACGUCAACUCCCCCAGCCGGAGCUUCAUCAAGUGCGAUACCGCCCGCCAAGGCCAGCCUUUGAAGUGCCAGGCCGAGGGGACGUCUUCGACCGUCUUCAAGGUUCCGCGACUGGCGACUGCCUCCAUUAGCCUGAUGAUUUUGCCAGAUCAAGCCGCAACUGGAUAUGCGCCCGUUGACCUGAUUGCCUCUUGA